GAUUAGUAUACAACGAACGAUAACAAAAUGAAGGUUCUCUCAAUUGCGGUAUUCGCGGUCCUCUGCGUCCUGGCUGCCUCCAGACCCAACGGAUUCACCUGGCGUCGCAACUACAGUGGCUGGGGAAGUAAUGGAAAUGCGCAGGUUGGCGACUGGCGUAAUAAUGGUAACGGAUGGAAUGGCAACUUUAACGGCUGGCACAAAGAUCAGUAUGGUUGGCACAGGGACGAACAGUGGGAGCAUCGCAAUGGACACAAACAUCAUGGCUGGCGCACCGAGCAACCAAUUCAACCCUCCACUGAAGCGCCAGUUAACCCCUCAACACCUGCUCCCGUGGAGACAACUCCAGCUCCAGUCGAGACUACCCAAGCCCCAGUAGAAACCUCACCCGAACUGCCAGUUGAGACAACUCAGGCUCCAGUUGAGACCACUUCUGAGGCUCCAGUUGAAUCUACUCAGGCUCCCGAAGAGUCUACAACUGAAGCACCUGAGGAGACUACGCAGGCACCAGAGCAGACCACAACCGAAGCCCCUGAGGAAACAACAGCUGCUCCUGAAGAGACCACAACCGAGGCACCCGAAGAGACAACAGCAGCACCAGAGGAACCUGAAUCAAGUUCGGCCCCUGAAGAUCUUGAUGUAACUACCAAGGCACCCGAAGAUCCAGAAGAGACAACAACCGACGGUUCUGGCGAAACAACCUUAGUCACAGAGGAGCCAACGGAAACCACUCAAGAGCCCGAGGAAACCACAACUGAGGGCUCGGGAGAGACAACAGAGGAGAGCACCACGGUGCCAAAGGAGACAACAACGGAGUCUGAGGAGGGAAGCGGAGCGACGAGUAGUUAAGCAACACGUGAGCUCUCUCUCUCCUUCUCGCUCUAUAGAGAGACUCGUAGUUCGUAUAGCAAGACGUCAUUAAAGCAUUGAGAUAUGCAUUUGCAAAAUCAUAUUUCUUAGAAUUUCAUUCUUUAUUCAAUGUGACGAGUGCUUAGCCAAAAGCAUAAGCGACAUGUACUGAUGGUUUUUUAGUUAAGAAUCGCAAUUAAAUUGUUUAUUUUAAGUAGUUGCUGAUAUUCAAAUUAUACGAUUAUCAAAUCAAAGUCCCUGUUUUAUUCUUCUAUUGAAUUCUAAAGAAAUACGUCUUAGAUUUAUCUUUACGCACGUCGAAAAUGUUAAUUCCUUAUGACAACUUGUCACGAUUAUCAUCACACUCAAUCCACUUGAGAACAAGACUAAAGUACUUUCCGCUAUUGCCAAUAACGUCAUGAAGUUUUAGUCUGAUUCCUGACCCACGGUUGCCAUUUAGCAAUUUAAUCGUUCAAGUGCGACAGAUCGACUCGGCUUUAAUCUACGACAAUAAAAUAAUCACCUCGCCCAUUAGUCACUCGAUUCCAAUCGAUAUUUUGGCAGUGACAGUGACAAUGGAAACUUUCUGUAUUUGCCGAUUAGAUUGCAUCAGAGAAACUGUCAGACUAUUGAAUUAUUUGCGCAUUGUAUACAAAUAAAUAAAUUUGCAUAACAAAGUUGUAGCAAAUUCUAGCUGUUUACCAACUAUGUAUCGGAUGCAACAGCAGCAACUGUGCAAAUAUGUCAGCGGCAUCUGGAAGUGCCCUAUAAAAGGGCAUUCGAUUAAGAGUAAUGACAAUUAAACACUCAUCAUGAGAGCUAUCACACUUGCAAUCUUCGCAAUCUUGUUGGUCGCCGUUAUGGCACAGCGAGGACCUGGAGGUCCAGGACGCGGUCCCCCAGGAGGCGGUCCUCCAGGAGGCGGUCCUCCCGGUGGUCAAGGCCAGGGACCACCUAGCAGAGGCCCCGGAGGUCCAAGCAGAGGCCCCGGCGGUCCAAGCAGACGCCCACCUCCAUCGAACAGCAGCGAAAGCAGUGAAAGCAGUGAGAGCGAUGACAGCAGCGCUGAUAACGACGAAGACGCCGACCAGGAUGCUGAUCAGGAUGGUGAUGACCAGGAUGAUGAUCAGGAUGAAGACCAGGACGAAGAUGAUGCUCGUCGCAAAUAGAGUGGAACCACUUAAAAAAAACAGCCAAUAAAUAAGUUUAUGCACAAUCAAAAAA